AUGGAUGGAAAUAUUUGAGUUUGUUGUCUGACACCCCAGUCUGAACGUCUUCAUGUGUCUCUUUGUUUCUCUCCUCAGUGCGACGUUAUUUAGAGACAUAGCAUAUGUUAUGUACAGUUCUAGACGUCCGGUCAUCGUGUGCUGCCCUGGUGAUCAAAACAAAGAUACCCCACAGCGACCAGAAAGAAACUGGAUGAUUGACAGAGAAAUUAGCCAAUGAUUGAGCAGGCUUUGUCCUACUGACCAAUCAGCGCUCACCAUGUCAGGCAAUCUGUUCACUGGGUCAAUGAUGGCUGCUUCCUCGGUGCGAUGGCUGAAGAAAUUGUUUAUUUUUGUGUUAAUAUGCCCUUUAUGUGUGCCAGCUUUUUUAAAUAUAGAGGAGUUGACUGAAAUGAAGUAUGGAAUUCAGAUUCUUCCGGACCCCGUCAUCUUGGGGCAGACUAAGACAGAGGAGGUCAUGAUGGUGUCCAGUAAGUACAAGCAGCUCUACGAGUGCCGCCUCCCAGUCCAGGCGGUGCGCUUCCAUCAAGAUCCAGCUUCCGAGCCGGACUCCCAGGGAUACACCGGACCGGACAUCCCGGACCUGCUGAAGGCCAUGCACAAGGCUCCAUGUCUGCUGAAGACUAAAGACUGGUGGACGUAUGAGUUCUGUUAUAGUAAACACAUUCGACAGUACCACCUUGAAGACUCAGAAAUUAAAGGUGAUGUUCUCGUUUUGGGAUAUUAUGAAUCUGAAUUUGACUGGAACAACGAAACGGCGAAGGCCUCCAAACAGCACAAACUGAAGCGACACCACAGUCAGACCUACGUCAACGGCUCCAAAUGUGACCUGAACGGAACCCCGAGAGAGGCGGAAGUUCGGUUUGUCUGUGAGGAGGGCUCGGAUGACUACAUAGCGCGCGUGGAUGAGCCUCAGUCUUGUCGCUACGUGUUGACCAUUCACACGAGUCGGACCUGUCAGCAUCCGUACCUGCGGCCGCCAUCCACAGCCAAGCCCCAGGGCAUCGUGUGCCAGCCGGCGCUGAGCGCCCAGCAGUACAUGGACUAUGUCAAGGCUCAAGUCUCGGACACAAAGCGCAAAGUAGAGCAGAUCUCUGAGGAGCUGAAAAGUCUGGAUGAGAUGUUAGCCGGCAACGGCGGCGCAGAAGGAAGAGAGGAAGUGAAAGAGGAGGAGACUUCACCUGAACUCAUUAAUAACAACAACCAGCCGGAUGAAAAAGCAGGUUUGGCUGAUGGAUCUGAAACUUCUGAGUUUGAAGAAACAGAGUUUUGGGAAGGAGUUAAAAAAACAGACGCUGUGGAAACAUCUGCCCGGCAACAGGAAUCAGAGGCAGAAGAUUAUGUCUCACCAGCAGACAAUGAAGUCCUUGAUGAAGAUGGUGAAGUAGAAAAAUUCAACUUCAAAAUCAUCACAGACCCAGCUGACCUGAUGAAGUUUGUCCAGCACCUGAAGGAAAGCAACAGAAAGAAAGCAGAAAAGCAGGCUAAAAGUAGGUUAGAGAAACCACCGACAGACGCUGCUGCAGAGGAGCUCAGAGAAGAGGAGAAGGAUGAAGAUGAGCAGCUGCUACAGGAGUUCGAGGAGGAGGUGGUGGACGUGUCUGUCCCAUCAGAGAAGAUCGAAGAGAUCAAAGAAGAAAUGCAGAAAGAGUUCGACAACAUCAUAAACGAGGCUCAGCAGGAGCUGGAGACAGAAGGUCUGAAAGGAGAGUUCGAUCGCACUCAAGCUACUCAGACACUGGAAACCACUCUGGACAAACUCCUGGAUCACCUGGAGGAGAAAGACGCUCCAGAGCAGCAAGCCGUCCAGAGAGGCAGUGAAGCGGCCGGCGGCGGCGGCGGCGGGUCCACCCGCGCUCCCAAGCAGCCAGACCAAGCAGCUGACGACCAUGUUAAGAUCAAAAUUACUAAAUAUAAGACAGGCAGCAGCCUUGAUGGGGAGUUCAAAGUUCAGGAGAUGGGCGAAGGCGACCCCCAGUGGCAGCACAUAAAGGACGUGGUUAAAGAGCAGCUAGAGAAGGCAGGACUGAAGGCAGAAGGUAAAAUCGAGGUGAAGAUCCUGACGAGGAAGAAUGUCGAGGAGGAUGAUCAGUGGCUGACUGAGGAAGAUACCAAGUCCUUCAGGGAGCUGCUCAUCAACCUCCUGACUGGAGGCACAGAGGAAGUUUACAAGGAACAGAAGAGGCAGCAGGAGUUGGAGAACAACUACCGGUUUGUGUGGGGAGAGAAUCAGGAGGACUCUCAGUCGUCCAGCACAUCAGACUCUGACGACAUGGACGUAUGAGCGCACGCCGCCGCCGCUUUGCUCCUCCUCUGCCGGGGAAUUCUUCAGGAAGAAGAUGUGAUCACAAAUCGGGGAAGAAAUCCUCCUGAUUUCCUUAUUGCUGUUGAAUCUAGGAAAUGACACUUUAGCUCUUUGCACAUUCAGGAAGAGCGUCUGUGUGUUUGUCUUGAGACUGCAAUAAUCCGAUGUCUGACGGCAUCGUUCAUGUGUUGCACAGUGUCUGCUGUUCUAGUGCAGUUAAAUAAAACUAUUAUUUUCCCUUUAAUGGGAUUCUGUUUUAAUAAACCAGGAGAAUAGCCGGCUGACGUACGUUUGGUUCCAGUUUUCCAGCUUUAUUCCCGUUCAGAAGUUAAGUUUGCUACAGCGGUCUACGCUUUAGCCAUGGAUGAUCUUUAAGGGGACUUGUGAGGUUCUCCACUGAAAUUCAUUUUGAUAUUUGUAGGAUUUUUCUUUUAGCUAAAAAAGCAGAACAUUACAAAAAACUAGCUGAUUUACAUUCCAGUUCUUGGAAAUCUCUUGGUUAGAAGUCCCUUUAGAGAUGCUUUGAUUUGUGCAUAAACCAAAUGAUCAGAUUUCUGUUUUUCCACCUGUUGGAAAGUCUUUUUGUUCCAAUAUGAGAAAAGGCUUCAGGUGAUUUAAGUCUGUUAAGAAAGUUUUGUUUAAUUUAGCAACAAAAAUCCAAGCUGGAAUGCCCACGACCCCCUCAAACAUGAACCUAAAGGGCUGACUGUACAGUUUACCUAUUGCCCUGUGGAGCUCUGUAUGUUCUUUAUGUCGGUGCUUCUUACAUGAGAAUUAAGAUAUUUAAGUAAACGUGCUUUCAAUUUC